AUGAAGACCACGGUUGCAGAAGAGAAAAACGUCGAAGACAUAAAUAAUAAUGAGGGACAAAUCUGGCCACAAGUGUUGGCGAUUGUUAUAGUGUCCUUGGUUGCAUUUACGGUUGGCUUAUUUCUCGGUUGGUCCUCGCCAUACAUAUUAAAAAUCGCAAAUGACAAAAGUACUUAUGACAUAUCCGAAGAAGAAGCCUCAUAUUUCGCAGUUAUACCGCCCAUCUCUAUGAUGCUGUCAAGCAUCUUCUUUUCGAAUUUAAAUGACAAAAUUGGAAGGAAAGCUACAAUACUUUUAAUUAGCGGACCACAAAUCAUUGGUUGGAUUCUUGCUGCUACAGCAACAAAUGUUUGGAUGUUCUACGCGUCCAGGUUCUUCGCAGGAAUAGGAGACGGACUGAUGUUCACAUCUGUGCCGAUGUACAUCGGAGAAAUAUCCACGCCUAAGGUCAGGGGAAUGUGGGGGAACGCCUUCUCAUUUGCCAUUUACUUCGGAGAAUUCAUAAUUAAUAUGACAGGCAGUUACUGCGACGUGAAACAGAGUUCUUAUAUAUGCGUCUGUUUCCCGGUGAUUCAUAUCAUCCUCUUCUAUUUUAUGCCCGAAUCGCCUUAUUUUUACAUCAUGAAGGGGAGAUUUCAAGAAGCCAGAGAAUCAUUGCGUCAAUUGCGAAAGAAAGAAGACGUAGAGGAAGACUUUAUUUUAUUAAAAGCCGAUGUGGAGAGACAAAUGUCUGAAUGCACUUGGAAGGAUUUAUUUACCAAAGAGAACAGAAAAGCUUUGCUUGCAUGCAUUUUUCUAAGAACUUCACAACAACUUGGUGGUAUAUCUGCAUUUAUUGUAUAUGCACAAUAUAUUUUUGAUAAAUCUGGGGGAAACUUGAGCCCAGAAACCUCAUCAAUGAUAUUUAUGGGUACGAUUUGCAUCUUAAACCUUGUAUUCGCCUACACUUUGGAUAUGUAUGGGAGGAGGUUGUCAUAUAUAGUCUCUUUGGCAUUAUGUGGUAUAGCGUUACUCAUAGAAUCCAUUUAUUUCUAUGUAGAAGAAUUUGAAACUCAGAUAGAUAUAAAAUUCCUGAACUGGAUCCCAAUAACUGGAAUGAUGGCGUUUGUACUAUUUUAUUCUAUCGGUUUAGGAAUUGUCCCUUCAUUAAUGCUUGGUGAACUGUUUUCUGCAAGUAUUAAAGCUAAGGGCUUAAAUUUUAUAAUUGUAAUAUUUGCCAUUCUUAUUUCUACAACUACUAAAUUAUUUCACGUACUAACCACUAAUUUUGGCCUGUUUUCUCCGUUCUUACUAUUUUCUGUAAAUUGUUUCGUGUCAAUAAUUUUAUCUGUUUAUUUGAUACCGGAAACUAAAGGAAAAACUCUCGAAGAAAUUCAGCAAUCUUUAAAAGGUCCCAAGAAAACAAAUAAAAAGAAAGAUAUGGAAACUAAUCCAAACCCUUAAAGUUAUUCUCAGUAUUUACGAGAAAAAAAUAUUAUUUAUUUUAUACGAUUAUAUAAUGUUUGGUACAAGAUAAAUGUGAUCAUUGUGCAAAGAUGUACAAAGUCUAGAAUAAAUAGACACUAUAAUGGUAAUGUCGUGAAUUAAGUUACAACAAAUAAUUAUAAGUAGGUACAAAAGGAUACUGUCUAUUUGUAAAGAAUGCUGUGUAACUAUGGUUAUACCAGUCAAUUGUUGAAACAAAUAUAUUUUGGGACUCA